AUGGCAAGAACACCUAGCAUAUUCAUCAGCAUGCGCUGCAAUGCCGUUUCAAACUGGGUGGAAGUCCCGGUGAUUGAUGUUGAUGAAGAGCCAGAGGAAGAAGAACCACAGCCUGGGGUGAGAAGAACAUCAUGUCAUGGGGAUUUGGACCAGAGGGAGAACGAGAGAAGCGAAAGACGCGAGAGGGAAGAAGGUGAUCAAUUCGGUGUCAGGGAACUCGACGGACAGAAACGGCGCCGCCUGCGGAACGAGAUCCAAGUGGAGCCUCCGAAGCGCUGCCGCGUGGCGAGCGGACGGCAUGUGCCGGUGCCGUGCUCUCUGUCGAGCGGCUCGGCGAUCUUCGGUGAGCCCAACGGAGACUUCCUGCUGCACUUGCGAGAGCAGGGCUAUGCCAUUUUGCAGGGCGUCUUGGGUGAUGGCAGCUCCUUCAUGGAUGAGUUCUGGAAGGCCAUGACCUUGGUGGUUCCUGACCUCGAUGCCCGGAGACCACAGACAUGGAAUUUCCCGAAAGGCUUUCGUGGGAUUGUCAGCAGCUAUGGGCUGCCACAGGCAGAUUUUGCUUGGAUGGUGCGUGGGCACCCCCGCAUCAGACAGGCCUUUGCGCGCAUGUUUGAUACGGAUGACUUAGUGGUGAGUCUUGAUGCUGUCAUCGCGCAAGCCCAGAAUGCCAAGAGCAAACUUCCAUCCUGGCUACACAAAGACCAGCACCCCAACCACAAAGCUUUAUCAAUUCAGGGGGUUUACACAUAUUUUGGAAGUGGGCCGCACGAUGCUGGAACCUGUGUGGUACCUGGCUCACACAAGAUCACUUAUCCCUGGGAGGGGAGUGGAACAAGAGAUCAUCUGAGAGCUCCAGAGGAUGCGGACUUCCGGCCCAUCAAACCGGAUGUGCCACCUGACAGCGUCGUUUUCUUCAACUCUCGCUUGGUGCAUGCCAGCGUCGGAGGUCACGGAAACGCGACCCAAAGCUUCACACGACCCCAGCCGGCACGGUUGGGUGUUUGUGUGGCCUACGCUCCUUGUGCUCGGCGUUCGGAGGACACACGACGCAAGAAGGAGAAGGCCUACCUGCAGGGGAAAUGCAGCACUCACUGGCCUUGCGACCGAUUUUCGCUGAAGCCUCCAAUGAAAUCUUUCCAAAUUCUAAAGGGUGGACAACACUUGCCACCGCCACCAUCCUUGACGGAGCGCCUUUCGCUUCUCUGA